AUGAGGAUGGCAUUUCCUGAAGGUCUCACUAGCCCGGAAAUGGAGAUAUCAGAAGGAGGAGUCAUUCUUGAUAACAGAACCCGUUUUGCCGACUUGAAGACCAUGUUAGACAGCAGUAAAGACAAUUUGAAAGUGGAUGCGAUGAAACGGAUUAUAAACUUAAUCGCAAAAGGUAAAGACGUCAGCGAGUUGUUUCCAGCUGUCGUGAAAAAUGUUGCGGCCAAGAAUGUUGAGUUGAAAAAACUCGUCUACGUAUAUCUUGUGCGUUAUGCGGAAGAACAACAGGAUUUAGCCUUGUUAUCAAUAAGUACAUUCCAAAGAGCUCUGAAGGAUCCCAAUCAGCUCAUAAGAGCCAGUGCACUCCGUGUGUUGUCCUCAAUCCGAGUUGGCAUGAUUGCUCCUAUAAUGCUGCUGGCCAUCAAAGACUCUGUUCGUGAUAUGAGUCCAUACGUCAGAAAGGUUGCAGCUCAUGCCAUUCCAAAGUUGUACUCCUUGGAUCCCGAACUGGAAACGGAGCUUGUCGAUUGCAUUGAUUUCCUUCUAGCGGACAGACGGAGCUUAGUUCUGGGCAGCGCAGUUUAUGCCUUCGAGGAGAUAUGCCCUAAUCGGUUAGACUUGCUCCAUAAACACUUUCGUGCAUUGUGUCGUGCUUUAGCAGACGUUGAUGAAUGGGGUCAGGUCAUGAUGAUAAAUCUACUUACAAGAUAUGCGCGUUCAGAAUUGGCCGAUCCUGAACUUUUACCGCAACCAGAUGUAGACCUUACCCUUCUUCUUAACUCAGCUCGUCCUCUUUUACAGUCACGGAACUGCAGUGUUGUAAUGGCGGUAACUCAACUGUUCUACUAUACCGCUCCGAAAGCACAACUCUCUCAGGUUGCUCGUGCGCUGGUACGACUUCUACGUGGGCCGCGUGAAGUGCAAUACGUUGUUCUUCUGAAUAUUGCGACGAUCUGUGAGCGCAAUCCGGUACUUCCUGGAACCUAUGCCAUAUCAAAAAAUAUGUUCGACCCGUUUUUGAAGUCCUUCUUCGUACGGUCGUCGGAUCCAUCUUUUGUGAAGGAGUUGAAACUGCACAUUCUCACCAGCCUUGUGUCAGAAGCAAACGUGCAUAUCAUUCUGCGAGAACUGCAGACUUAUGUGAGUAUGAGCGAUUUGGCUGGAGCUGCAAUUGAAGCCAUUGGAAGGUGUGCAGUUAGAGUGAAGGCAGUAAGUGAGCAAUGCCUGGCUGGCCUCGUUCAACUAAUCGCUUCUCCGAACGAAGAGGUUGUUUGUUCGGCUGUGGUUGUUCUCAAGAGUUUGCUUCACGCGGAAGCUCCUGUAACGUUGUUGUCUCGUCUGGCACGCCUGAUCCGGUCUAUACAAGCGCCAGCCGCAAGAGCUUGUAUAAUCUGGCUGAUUGCGACACACGUUGAGACGGUACCGAACUUGGCGCCGGAUCUUCUACGGAUUUUGGCUAAGAAUUUUGUCAAUGAAGAUGAAAUUGUGAAGGUAGAAACGCUCAAAUUGGCCGUAAAAUUGUGGAUGAUUCGCCGAGAUGAUUGCGAAAAACUUGUUCAAUACGUUCUUCAAUUGGCACGAUAUGACUUAAGUUAUGAUGUCAGAGACAGAUGUCGGUUUUUGCGUAAUCUUCUUUUCAACACAACUGUCCUUGCUGCGCACGCUGAAGAAAUUUUCAUGUACAAGAAGCCAGCGCCAGCACUUCAGAGUAGUUUCAAAGAGCGGGAACAGUUUCAACUGGGAACGUUGUCGCAUGCUCUUAAUCAGCGUUGCGCAAGAUAUCAGGACCUGCCUAACUUCCCUCAGGUGUCAUCAGAUGCUUCCAUGCGCCGAGAAGCGAAUUCUCCAGAAGAGUAUAGGUAUGAAGAACAAGAAGGCUUAGAGGAGGAAGAAGAGGAGUACGAAGAUGAGGAGUACGACGAGGAUGAGGAAGAAGAGGAUGGGGGAUCUGCAGAUGAUGAGACGUCGGAUGAGGACGAAAGUGAUGAGUUGCCGCAUUCAAAUAUUUUUGUAAAAAUUUUCGAAUCCGAUGAGUCUGAAGAAGAAGAAGAAGAAAGUGAAGAAGAGGCUCCUGUCAAAGCACCCCCAUCGAAGUCACAUGAAAAAAAGACUGCAACCGCUGCGAACGGACAUCCCAACGUGCCAAAAGAAAAACCUGAACCCAAAAGCACUGAGACAGCUAUUGAUCUGUUGCUAGAUCUGGACUUUUCUGCUGCAGGAAGUCGACAAACUGAAUCGCGGCCUAUCCUCAACACCAUCGAAGGCAAUGGCAUCGAGCUGUCUCUAUCAUUUCCUCGCCUGAACGAUGCUCAAUACACACCAUUGCGCUUCCACCUACACAACGGUACUGAAGAAGCAAUUGAAGGGAUUAAAUUUUCGCCACCAGAAGGUUUCGACAUCAAAGGAACUUCUCAGAUUGAUUCAUUGCCUGCCGGAGCUUCUCAUGUCCUCGAAUUAUCGGUGGAUUUGGGGGACAGUUUAAGACGAGUAGAGUGGAGGCUGUCGAGAAAUUUCAACGAAACCGGAAGAAGUGUUCCCAUUGGCGAGCAGGUGCAGCCAAUACGUAUACCGGAUGAAGAAGUCGAAAAAGAACGACGGCGUAUGAGUGGUCUUAAUCGUCACUCGGCUGCGAUAUCUUCACCAGUGGGUGGUGAGGACAUCGUGAAAGCCGUCAAUGCCUAUAGGAUGCCGAAUGGGGUUUUCCUUUGCCAUACAAGAUCCAGGAAAGACCUGGUGAUUCUACGUGUGACUGAUGAUAACGUCGAAGUUAGCAGUGAUAAUGCUGUUUUCGGUAAAAUGUUAGUGAACUUAGUGCAGAACCUUGCCCAGAAGUCAUAA